UAGUGUUUAUAUUUACAUUUCAUUGAACAGGGAUUUUGCAAAAAUAAAAUAAAAAUGCAUCGAAUACCUUUGCAAUUACCUAUUCCAUCCAUACGUUGGGAGCGCACAUUACCGGAAUGUAUUCUUUUCGAGAAUACACUUAAUUUAGCGAACUUUGAGGAGACACAAACUUUUAUUAAAACUUUGGAUGAAGAAGCUGAUUUCUAUCAAAAGAAAAGUUAUGAAAUUGUGGAAGAAAUGUUUUGGAAAGCUAGAAAGGGUCUAUCUUCAGCAGAAUCUUCUUCUUUUGCUGAGGGCAUGUUGUUGAUCAGUUGGAUUAUUUUGCGAGCACCAAAGGAUAGCAGCAUUUUGGCAUACGCCCUUAAAAUAAGAGGCCAAUGUUACUUUCAUGAUUCAAGUUUGUUGAAUGCCUCCAAAGAUUACGAGAUGUUCCUAUAUGUUAAUGAAUUUUCAAAGCAGCCAACUGACGAUAUAUGUGAAAUUAUCUGCCAUUUGACUUACUGUAUGCAUAAUAUGCAAAAAUAUAACGAGGUCAAGAAAUAUUUGCAACUAUACAAAGAAUAUAAAGGACAAUUAUCAGCGGAAUCUCAACAAAAGAAGAAUUUUGUGCAAACCGAUGAUUUACCGGAAAUUAUGGUUAAAUUGGACAAUGCAUUAGGACCACAAUUGAAAUUACAGCCCAAGACUUUAUCUGCGACCAGGCAAUGCAGCAGCGACAAUACCGGCAACGUUCUUGGCAAAGCCAGUGCUUAUGAUUAUCAACAAGCUGAUGUGGUAUUUGUGGAGGAUCCUAUGAUAAAGUCAAUCAAUGCCCCAUUGUUUCGCUGUGAAAAGUGUUUUUGUCAAACAAAACAACAAAUUUAUACAUGCUUGGAAUGCCGCUACAAAACCUACUGCUCCUUGCAUUGUCUACAGAGUGAUAGCGAGGAACAUAAACUCGAGUGCAUUGGAUACAAACAACUUCUGUUGCUAAUACUGGAUGCAGGCGUUUUAUUUCGCAACUUUGUCAAAAUUUCACAUGAAUUGGAUGAGAAAAUCUUCAGCUGCAAAAGUUUCGGCAAAUAUAAAACUGCGCGGGACGUAUGGUUUGGCUUGCUAAUAUGCCUGGAGCAAAAACAAGCAGAAGUAAAUUGCAGCAUUUUGUCCCUUCUGACUAUGAAGCCAAUGUACGAUCGCUUAACAGAAACCCAGUAUUCCACAUUGGUCUCCACCGCUUUUCGUUUGGCCAUGUUCAUCGAUAUGAAAACAAAUCUAAUUGAGAAACUGUUUGGUCGUUUGCAAAUUUCAGACAAACAAAAAUUAAUUGUUGUAGGUUCCAUGCUCAUGCGCAUCCAUUGCAAUCUUCUGCUUAACACUUUCGACUGUGAUGUUACCAGAGGAGAUGUGCAAUUGCAAUAUUCCUCAAAUAUGCAACAAAUAAAUAGUCUAACAAAAAAUUCCGGUCAAAAACACCAGGAAAUAAUUGAAGACCUAAAUCAAUUCUAUGAUAUUGACGUCAGUUUGGAAGUGUGGGACUAUUCCCAAAAAAUACAAAAAUCCGCACGAAAACCCAAAAAAGCUCAAGCUUUAUCCGUAUUACAACGAAAUAAACACGGCCAAGAAGAAUGCAAACGUUUGCAUAGAAUAUUAUCCAUAUAUAAGGACAAAAUAGCCGAGGUCUACUUUAAUCCUGACUUGGUUAAUAAGGUUUUGUAUGGACCAAAAGCUGAUCAGCCAUUGAGUGCAGCCGUCACAAAGAAAAUGUGCUCUAGAUUGGCGCUAAUGACCAAUGAACAACGCUGCUACUUUGUGCAACGAUAUGCUCGACUGUUUCACAACUAUUUUGCGGAUUAUUUUAUGCAUUUGGUUGAACAGAAAAAUGAUGUACCAAACAUUUUAGCUGUUUAUUCGCCAUCACUAAAAGAAUUCCAACACUCGUGUGACCCGAAUGUGGAGGUUAUGACAAUGACCAACGGAACACUUGUGGGAAAGGCUUUAAAAGCCAUCAAAGCUGGAGAGCAGUUAUAUGUAUCCGUUAAUGCUCAUUAUAUGCGUCAUGCGCGUAAAGAGAGACAAACUUUUCUCAAACAGUUGGACCUAGAAUGCCAGUGUGAAUUUUGCGUUUCCGACAAUGCUGAAGAACCUAUAAUGCAUCGCGAAGUAAUUUAUUGUGAUUCUUGCCAAGGAGUCUCCAUUAGUCCAGAUAUGAAGGAAUGUCCAAAAUGUAAAACCCAGUACAACGAAUUGCUUACCAAAUAUUUCACUGUUAUAAAUAUCCUGGAAAAUAAAAUGAUUUCAGAUUUGGAAAACUGGCAAUUGAAUGCAAUAAAUGAACGUGACAUUUAUAUUUUACAUUUAAUGUUUUUAAUGCAUGCCAGAAAAUAUUUUGGACCACAAUAUGAAUUUCGCAUAAAGAUUGAGUUAAAGCAUGCUCGAUAUUUGGCCUAUAAAAAUUUUAUUAUUCCAACUUACCAGUUAUUAAUGGAAAUUCGAAAAAAUAUUCUAAAAAGUUAUGACGAACAUUCCAUUUGGUUUACUUUCUAUGCUGAUAUGCUGCAAGCCAUUAAAAUUAUUUUAAUAUGCAAUAUUGACGAUUCAACUAGUAUACCCCCAUCAGCAAUAGAUACUCUCCUGAAGCUCUGCAAUUUGGGAGUUUUCAUCGUAAAAGGUCAACUCAAUCUUAUAGAUUUCUAUGAGGUAUUUGAUUCGCAUUAUUUUAUCUUCAACGAUAUGGAGCUUUUGUUGCAAUGCAGAAAUAAAAUUGCUCGUAAGCAAAACAAUUUGUCCACUUGUUCCAUAAUAAGAGGAUCGUGGGAUAUAUGUAAGCAAAAUGAAAUGGUAUCGUCAAAAGCACUUGGAAUCUAUCUCAAGGAGAAUUUGAAGGAAAAUUCAUAA